AUUAUUGUAGCUGGAGACUUUGCUCAGCUGCCACCUAUAGCCUCUGGUAAUGCCUUGGAUGCUGGAAGUGUUACAUCUGCCCCACGCUCUACAAACUCUGUACACAGCCAGAAGGCAGCAAUUGGCAAGGCUCUGUGGCACCAGUUUACUACAGUGGUUAUUCUGAAGCAGAACAUGAGACAGACAAGUCAGACAGCAAAUGAUGGGAAGCUAAGAAAAUGCUUGGAAAAUAUGCCAAAUGGUAGACCCAAGCUGUCAGAUCCCAGGUUUCACCAUGUAUCUAUCAUCACCUCAUGGAAUGCCCACAGAGACAAGAUAAAUGAAGUGAAAUCUGUCCAGUUUGCUGAGAAAGCUGGGAAGUCACUCCAGGAGUUCUAUAGCAAUGAC